UUUGCCCAGAGCGCCUGUCAGCAGACAUGCUGAGCCUUUUACCUUUGAUCUUUUUGCAGACGGAACCCCUCCCAAAUGCCUGGGGACUCCUCCUUGGAUUACUGGGUUUGAAACAGAAUUUUGUGAACGGCCUUUUACCUUCGACCGGGAGGAAAGAUGUGGAAAGCUUCAGCCGGCCACGCUGUGUCCCUCAGCCAGGACGAUGGGGGAGCCGACGACUGGGAAACCGACCCCGAUUUUGUGAAUGAUGUCAGCGAAAAAGAGCAAAGAUGGGGGGCCAAAACCGUGCAGGGGUCUGGGCACCAGGAGCACAUCAACAUUCACAAGCUGAGAGAGAAUGUUUUUCAAGAACACCAGACCCUCAAGGAGAAAGAGCUUGAAACGGGGCCAAGAGCCUCCCACGGUUAUGGAGGGAAGUUUGGCGUGGAGCAGGACAGGAUGGACAAGUCAGCUGUCGGCCACGAGUACCAGUCGAAGCUGUCCAAGCACUGCUCGCAGGUCGACUCCGUCCGGGGGUUUGGAGGCAAGUUUGGUGUCCAGGUGGACAGAGUUGACCAGUCUGCCGUCGGCUUUGAGUACCAGGGCAAGACCGAGAAACACGCCUCGCAGAAAGACUACUCCAGCGGCUUCGGUGGCAAGUAUGGCGUGCAGGCCGACCGGGUGGACAAGAGCGCCGUGGGCUUCGACUACCAGGGCAAGACGGAGAAGCACGAGUCGCAGAAAGAUUACUCCGAAGGCUUCGGUGGCAAGUACGGUAUCGACAAGGACAAGGUGGAUAAAAGUGCCGUCGGCUUUGAGUAUCAAGGCAAAACGGAGAAGCACGAGUCCCAGACAGACUACGUGAAAGGGUUUGGAGGAAAAUUUGGUGUGCAGACAGACAGACAAGACAAAUGUGCUCUUGGCCGGGAUCACCAGGAGAAAUUGCAGCUGCACGAAUCCCAAAAAGGUUAUAAGACUGGUUUCGGAGGCAGAUUUGGUGUUCAGUCCGAGAGGCAGGACUCCUGUGCUGUGGGGUUUGAUUACAAGGAGAGGCUGGCCAAGCACGAGUCCCAGCAAGACUAUUCCAAAGGAUUCGGCGGAAAGUACGGGGUCCAGAAGGACCGGAUGGACAAGAAUGCUUCAACCUUUGAGGAUGUCGCCAAGGUGGCCUCCACGUAUCAGAAGACCGUCCCUGUCGAAGCAGUGAACAGUAAAACAAGCAACAUCAGAGCUAACUUCGAAAACCUCGCGAAGGAGAAAGAGCAGGAGGACAGGCGGAAGGCGGAAGCGGAGAGGGCGCAGAGGAUGGCGAAGGAAAGGCAGGAGCAGGAGGAGGCCCGGAGACAGCUGGACGAGCAGGCCAGAGCCCGGAAGCAGACCCCGCCCGCGUCUCCCGCUCCUCAGCCGGUGCAGGAGAGGCCGCCUUCAAGCCCCGUCUAUGAGGAUGCGGCUUCGUUCAAGGCCGAGCCGAGCUACAGAGGCCCCGUGAGCGAGCCGGGACCCGUGUACAGCACCGAGGCCGCCGACUACCAGGACGCCGAUAGCCAGCAGGGUCUGGCCUACGCCCCAGAGGCCGUCUAUGAAAGCACGGAGGCCCAGGGCCACUAUCCUGCAGAGGAAGGCACCUAUGACGAGUAUGAGAACGAUCUUGGGAUCACAGCCAUCGCCCUCUACGACUACCAGGCUGCGGGCGACGACGAAAUCUCCUUCGACCCCGACGACAUCAUCACCAACAUUGAGAUGAUCGACGACGGCUGGUGGCGCGGGCUGUGCAAGGGCAGGUACGGGCUGUUCCCGGCCAACUACGUGGAGCUGCGGCAGUGAGCGCGGCCGGCUUCUCGCGGCAGACCAGGCCUGCCUCCGGCUGGGUGUGCAGGGUCGGGGAGGAGCCAUGUUGCUUUUAUAUUUAAUACUUUUGCUGAUGCUUUUGAAAUGUUUAUGCCACAGAAUUUGCUAAUAUAUUGUAGUCAUCUUCCUUAGGAGGACUCUGGUAAUUGUUUUAUGCGUUGAAGGUAUUUUCUUUUUUUGCUAAAUUGACUGUCAUAUGGAGCCGCUUCAGGGACCUUGAGUCCUCCUGAGGGCGUGUCGUCCUUGUCCCCGUUGUCAGCAGUCAGGACCCCCCGUGGCAAACGCGGGAGAUCCUUCACUCCAUCGUCUGCCGCCCGACAGCGGCCCUGUGGGGUCAGGCCGGGUUGCCGUUCUUGUAAGGGAGUCUCCGCGUUGGGAGGAAGAGGGAAGGGCCUGAUAGGAAGUUGGAGUCGAGGAAAACGUGAGAAAGUGCAGUAGCUUUAAUGUCAGGCGGCGAGGCCUUUCGUACUGUGAAAUCCCACGGUGUUUGAUGAUAGUAGCAAAGACCCCAUCUCACUUCUCGUCCCGCCUUGUUUGUCAUCUCCCCUAACACCCCAGCCACCUCUCCUCCUGCCCCCGUGGCACAGUGUCACCUGGUCCCUUAAAGUCUGCCCCUCCACUCGUCUCCUGCCGCGGGCCCACCUGAACGGCUCCGGGUCUGCAGGCCUUGCCUCGUGUGCCCUUGGCUGAUGUCUGGUCGUCCCUCGAACACGUCUGCAGGCCCCGGGCCGCCGGGCCUGUGUCUUUUGUGCCGGCACAGGGCCCCUUCACUGUGGGAAGGCAGGGGCCUGCUCUGUUGUAAACUGCCAGAAGCAUCCUUCCCAUCAAGGGAGUCAUCCACUUUCUGCCAAAAUAUCGUGUUAAAUGACAGUAAAAUUUGACUGAUUGACUUGGCUAAAAAUACGAAGUGAACAAGAGUGGGUGCCCUGGCCCGAGAUGCCCCGGGCGGCUGCUCUCCAUGGACGCUGGGCCGGAGUGUGUCUCCCCGAGAGAGUGGGAGGCCCGGUCCGCGCGCGCCACACGGGCGGUGUCUUUCCGGAAGUCGAUGGCGUCUCGGGUGUCCGGGACAGUAAUGACUGUGAGGAUGAGUUUUCUUUCCUGAAGUGCAUUUCUGCAUAAUCCUUCCUUCACCACAAUUAGGUCGGGUUUAUAUGCAAUUAUUCUAUCUAAAUUUCUGUACCACCUCAUAGGUAUGAUUUUUUUAAUUAAAUAUCUGAAAUAAACUUGUUUUGAUCCACUUGCUGCUGA